AUGCAGUGUGACCAAAACUCCAGACAUGCACAUGUGCAGCAUAAACCUUUUGUGAAGUCUAUCGGUGGCAGCCGCACUGACCAAGCCUCAGACACUUCCACAUCUUCCUCCUCCUUUUCCAGUCUUGGAGGUUUUGUGGACUUUACUUUCACGCAGGAGCCUCAGGACACGGUGACGGUGCGAGGAGGCGUUCUGCAGCUCGACUGCCAGGCACAGUCUGACGCAGUGAUGGGUCCUCUCACCAUCAUGUGGCGUAAAGACGGCGUGCUGCUGAGCGCCGUGGUGGACGAGCGGCGGCGGCAGCUGGAUAACGGCUCAUUGCUGGUGCAGAAUGUGGUGCACUCGCGGCACCACCGGCCAGACGAGGGGGUGUACCAGUGCCUGGCCACGCUGGACGGACUGGGGAGCAUCGUAAGUCGAACUGCCAAGGUGACUGUGGCCGGACCUCUGAAGGUGGUCGUCCCCACUGAGUCGGUCUCCUCAUACCUCGGUGACACAGCACUUCUCCGCUGUGAGGUCUCCGGAGACCCGACACCCAUCAUCCGCUGGCAGAAGAACCGGGAGGACCUGCCGGGGGCCUUUGACCCCGACUCCCGUCUAGCGGUGCUGCCGUCCGGCUCGCUGCAGGUCAGCCGUGUCCAGCCACCGGAUUCAGCCACUUACCGCUGCUUGGCCGACAACCCUGGCAGCACCAGGACGGGAUCGGACGCCGAGCUGCGAGUGCUCCCAGAACCUGGGGUGAGCAGGAACCUCCAGUUCCUCCAGCGUCCAUCCAGAGUCAUGUCUCUGCUGGGAACUGAUGCUGUGCUGGAAUGUUCUGCCUCUGGGUACCCGACUCCAAGCAUCCAGUGGAGGAGAGGAGAGGAGCUGAUCCACAGCUGGAAUAAGAAGUACUCCCUGCUGGCGGGCAGUAAUCUGAUCAUCAGGAGCGUCACUGACGAUGACUCCGGCAGCUACAGCUGUACCGCCUCCAACAAGAACCACAACAUCACUGCACACACAGAGCUCAGCGUGCUUGUCCCUCCUCAGUUCCUGAACUACCCGACCAACACGUACGCUUACGAGUCCACCGACAUCGAGCUGGAGUGCGCCGUGACGGGAAACCCUCAGCCGACAGUCCGCUGGAUGAAGAAUGGAGAGGAAGUCAUCCCCAGCGACUACUUCCAGAUUGUUGACGGCAGCAACCUGCAGAUUCUGGGUUUGGUCAAAUCAGAUGAAGGAUUUUAUCAGUGUGUCGCUGAAAACUCAGCCGGCCGCUCACAGGCCAUGGCUCAGCUGCUGCUGCGAGAUCCAG